AUGGUGUUCCUCCGAAGUCUCCUUCUUUUUCACUCGUUUACAUAUCAAUGGAACGCCAUUGACGCGGCACCUGAUGACGGCCAAACACGGCUGGCAAGCGAGGCUCCUGGCGACUGGCAGAAAUACGUUCGAUCUCCUUCCAAUCGGAUCGUGUAUCCUGCACGCAUUGUCGCCAAUUACACCCAGGGAAAUGUCACCAACCCCCGAGGCCUUCUGACGGGUAAGGGAUCAACGCUCUUUACAAGGACUCCGCGAACCACUUCUGCUCCAGACCUGCCUCCGACUGUUGUCGUCGAUUUUGGUCAAAACAUUGCUGGAUAUCUGUCCAUUUCGUUCGGCGGCUCUUAUAAUAGCACCCCUGGCCGCCCAGGUAUCAGAUUAGCAUUCUCGGAAACACUCGAGUACCUAGGCAAUGUCAGCGACUUCUCUCGUGGAUAUAACAGCUCAGACCGACACAUACAGGGCGAUGCAAUCACACCAGGAAGCGAUCAGAUUGCUGUUGCAGCAAAACCAUAUACCUGGACUGACGACCACGGUUGUCAGUAUGGGAGUCAGGUCUGUGCGGAUGGCCUUCACGGUUUUAGAUAUGUGAAAGUUUAUCUAGAUGCGUUGGAAACCGAUGCACCGUACACAACCUCUUACGGCGAGGUUUCUAUCGAAUCCAUGAGCUUGAACUUCACCCCAUAUCUCGGCACUCCCGACACCUUCACUGGCUGGUUUGAAAGCUCUGAUGAUCAGCUCAACCAAUGGUGGUUUGAUGGAGUCUACACUACGGAUUUAUGUACAGAUACAUUCGGAGUGAAUGAUACCGACCCAAGAAACUCGGCGAGCCCUUCCAUUGUCGGAAAGCUGGUUCUCCAUGACGGCGCAAAGAGAGAUCGAGAUCCGUACGUUGGAGAUCUUGCUGUAUCAUCGCGUACUUCGUAUCUUAGCCACAAUGUCCCUCAAGCGUCCAGAAACGUUCUCGCGGACUUGGCUGACCAUCAACGGUCGGAUGGAUGGAUUCCUCCUGCAAGCAUUAACGGCUAUACUUUACCGCUUGUAGACUACCCACUAUGGUGGGUUGUUUGCAGCUAUGAUCUAUUCAUGUAUGCUGGUGAUACGGCGUACAUACGGCAAUACUACCCCAAUAUCAUCAAAGUUCUGGAUACAUUCUAUGAAUCCAUUACAGACCCCCGCACUCAGCUGCUGAGCAAAGGCUUUGGCGUUUCUGGAGGCUAUGGCGACUACGCAUUCAUCGGUCGAACUGGCCCGGUGACCUACUACAACGCCCUUUACGUCCUUGCCCUCCAGAAUGCUGCAACCAUCGCAAAGUUCCUCUCAAAGGAAGGGGAUGCUACACGCUGGGCAGUUCGUGCCCAGACAGUUUCCGCCGCAAUCAACACCUACAACUUUGAUUCCGGAGUGGGAGCAUUCUAUGAUGGUACAUGCGGAGAUUCUUAUUGCAACAGCCAUGCCCAGGACGGCAACAGCCUCAGCAUUGUGGCUGGGGUGGCGAACAGUUCGCGAGCCCACUCGGUCCUUUCCUACCUCUCAAAAGCAAACGCCAGACCGUACGGCAACGCAUUUUAUGACAACGACGUAGUGGGCGGUGGGUAUUCACAGCGAGUUUAUGCUUUCAUUUCAUACUUCGAGAUCGAGGCACGGUUCAUCAUGGGCCUUGCCGACAGUGCUUUAGAGGAGAUCAGGAGACUGUACGGCUGGAUGUCAACCCACGACCCUGGGAUCACGCAAUGGGAAGGCAUUGGACCGAAUGGGCAACCGUACGAAGCUGAUUACACAUCCAUGGCUCACGGCUGGGCAACUGGAAUCGUCCCGGUGCUCACGAACUACGUCCUCGGUGUCAUCCCGUCCGGUCCUGGCUUCUCCGUGUACACUAUCAAGCCUGUGCCGGGAGAUGUUGAGUGGGCAAAAGGUGUCGUUCCGACGCCAAAGGGACCAAUAACUGUCAAUUGGCAGCAAAAUCGAGUACUGGGGCUGUUCUACCUGACUGCGACUGCGCCGACGGGGAGUCAGGGGACAAUUUGUGUACCGGUUUCGAACUUGAGUGUUGCUGUGUAUCUUGAUUCGAAACCAAUUCCGAAUAAUAUCCACAAAAGAGAUGGCGAGGUGGGAAGUGGAGGUUAUGUGAGUGUGUCAAUUGAGGAUAGUUUGACACAUACGAUCAGCGUGGGGUAUAAACUUGGUCCUUGA